CGAACGCAUUUCUACACCACUGAUAUUAAACACUGUCUCUACACCACUCUCAAUCCAUCCCUGACGGACUGUCCAACCUUACCUACUCAGGUCUACUCAUGGAGUUCAAUGUGAUAAUAGAAUGAUGUGUCCUAUUGGUGAAGGCAACAAGCUUUUUGAUUUUGAAGAUGGUGUGUUUGACCCCUGCAAGAAAAUCACAAGAGGAUCAAAACAGUAUAUCUACAAUGAUGCUGGCCAGAAAUAUUUAGACUGUGUUAACAUUUCUGCACAUGUUGGACAUUGCCAUCCACGGAUUCUGACAGCAGCUCAACAUCAGCUGUCUCAGCUCAGCCAUGCUCAAGGUUUCUUGAGUGACUUCACUUCAAGAUUUACGAAAGCUUUGAGAGAGUCUUUACCCGAAGGUCUUGAUGUAUGCUUCCUGGCCAAUUCUGAUGCAGAGGCUAGAGAUCUAGCUCUCUGGCUGUGUAGUUGUUUCACAGGCCAUGAUGAUGUCAUAGCAUUCAGCUGUGAAUCCCAUGACCUUACGUUCGCCAUCCUUGGGAAUGGGAGAAAGCACCUCAUUCCACUCCCUUGUCCCAAUCUUUACAGAGGCAAACAUCAAAGUAAUGAUCCCAAUGCAGUAGAGAAGUACUUGGAGGAGUCUUACCAGACACUUAAGAAUGCCCUUGGGGAGGGGAGGCAUUUCAGCUGCUUAUGGAGUGAGCCAAUUCUUUCAGCUGCUGGACAACUGGAACUGUCUCCUGGAUACUUGAAAAAUAUAUAUAGUAUGGUACAUGCCAUGGGAGGACUCUGUGUGAUGAAUGAGAGCCGAACAGGACUCGGUCGACUUGGAGAUUCCAUGUGGGGCUUUCAGUCUCAUGACAUUCUUCCAGAUGUUCUUAGCAUUGGAGGUGGAUUAGGGAAUGGCUUUCCUCUGGCUGCUGUCAUUACAUCAAGACACAUUGCAUCAUCUGUUCAAGAGUAUCUCUCUACUUUUGGUGGCAACCCAGUGGCAUGUCGAAUUGGACUCAGUGUCAUGAAUAUCAUAUCUGAUGAGAAUCUACUGGCUUCUGCUCAUUCUGUUGGAGGCAUAUUGAAGGCUGGCUUCAUUGCCUUGAAAGAGUCCUGUUCUUGCAUUGGGCAGAUCAGUGGGAGAGGGCUAUACCUUGGCCUGGAUGUUAUUGUACCUGGAUCUGACAGAGUCCCCAACCCCAUACUGGCCCAACGAGUUGCUCAAAGGCUCUGCCAAGAAAGACAAAUUAUCAUUGGCCUGGGAGGACCAGAGAAAAAUCUUCUAUUAUUUACACCUCCAAUGUGCUUCACUGUUGAUAAUGCACACCAUCUCCUCGAAUCUCUUGAUGGAAUUAUCAAGAAGAAUGACUUUGCGAACUUUACCCCUCAACAGGCAGAGGAGCUGAAGAAUUAUUUGAAAGAGAAAGGUGCUGAUAUCUCAGAAGAACUUUCAAGUAAGGGAGUGGAGGAAGACCUGGCUGAAAUCAUAAAUGUAUGUGAUGUCAUUUAUCAAGAGGAAACAAGUGAACAGGAUGUGGAAGCUGUCUUCAACAGCAUUGUGUCCAUGUUGGUCAUGGUAAAUCUUCCAUUACCAGGGGACAGCUCUGAGGAAUUGGUGACCAAUUUUUGCAAGAAAGUGAGCCUUGCUCCAUCAGCAUCUUUGAAGGUUACAGCAUUGCGCGUGUUGAAUUUGGUAUUCCAUGGACUUGACAAGCACUGUCCCAUGCGUUACCUUGUCUAUCGCUAUCUGGUGGACAUAGCUGGAGAGACAGAUCAGGUAGAAUCCAUUUUCACUGAUGUCAAUAGCUUGAAGUCCACCUUAAGUGAAGCAUCACCACCUCCAAAUAAUGAGCAGAUGCAAGAACUUUUUCGACUGCUUCACAAGGCACUUGUUCGUAAUGGUCAUGGGGACUUGGCCUUUAAGGUCAUGGUUGAAUUGCUGAAAACCUACACACCUGAAAAUGCUUCCCAGGCAAAGGAGGAUGCAAAAUACUGCAUAGUUGCUUCUCUUGCUGAUCCAAAUACAUUUGUCCUUGAUCAUCUGUUGGACCUAAUGCCUGUGAAGUCUCUCGAGGGAACACUCAUCUUUGAUCUGCUCCUAAUCUUUGUUUGUGAGAAGCUGGAGAAAUAUAUGCAGUUUUAUUCCAAGCACAAAGACUUUAUUGAGUCCCUCAAUCUCAAGCAUGAGGACCUAGUGAAGAAGAUGCGCUUCUUGACAUUCCUCCAAAUGGCUGAGUCUGAAGAUGAGAUCUCUUUUGAUUCCAUCCAGAAGGAACUCCAGAUUCCAGAAGAUGAAGUAGAGCAGUACAUCAUUGAUGAGGAUGACAUUGUCAUUUCAGCAUUGCGGACCAAGUUGAUCAGAGCUAGAAUGGAUCAGCUCACAAAGAAGGUGAUGGUGAGUAACUGCAUGCAUCGAACAUUUGGCAGACCUCAGUGGCAGCAGCUGAGGAAGGUCCUCCAUACUUGGAGGGACAGUCUGGCUGCCAUUCAAGGCAACAUGGAGGCUUUGGUUUCUGCACAGAUGGAUAUGAUUCAGUCCCAAGGUUAA